AUGGGUAACAUUACAAGUUCAACAACCCAUUUGCAAGUGAAUGGUUUGAACCCUGCUCAAACAUAUGUGUUCACAGUUACUGCCAAGAACCGUGUUGGGGAAGGCAGCCCCAGUGAGAUGCAGAGUGUCACCACCUGGCAGGCAGCUCCCUCAGAACCUGUGAGACUUCAAGUUGUAAAAACUUCUCCAGUGAGUAUCUACCUGUCCUGGUGGAGGCCCCGUGAAUUACAUGGAACUAUCAAAAAGUACCAGCUUGUCCGUAAUGCACUAAACUGGACUAAAGAUCAAAUAGUUGAAGAAUUGGUUAACAUCGACUCGCCAUUUGUGAGCCACACAGUGCGGGGUCUGCAUCCUUUCACAACAUACGUCUUCAAGGUGAGGGCAGCCAAUAUGCAGAAUGGGACCGAACUUUGGGGAAACUUUUCUUCCACACUCACUGUAUCAACAGAAAUGCGAGCUCCGUCGUCCAGUCCCCAAAAUCUUACAGUUCAACCAUUGAAAGGAAGAAUUGUGUAUCUGACAUGGCAGCCUCCCUCAAAGUUUUAUCAAAAUGGCCCCCUGAAGCAGUAUGUGGUGAGAUACCAAUCUGUAAGUCCCAUUGAAGGUUGCGAAGAUAAAGAUGUUCACUAUUACGCCUCUGAGGGUCAUUCAGCCAACAUAAGUGGUUUACUUCCUGGAACAGAAUACAUUUUUCAAAUUUCCUUAGAGAAUGAAGCAGGCCGUGGGCCUCCAAGUGACAUAGUCCGGGUCUCUACUCUGCCAGAAGAACUGUGUCGAUUGUGGCUGAACAAGCUGAUUUUUGAGCACCAAUCCCUGAGACAGCCACAGCACUUGAAGGUAGAGAUUGAAGCUGGGCAUUUACAGCCACAGCUUUUCUUCUUUCCUUUCUGA